UACGUUUCCGCAGUCUUCGUACGACCGCCGCGACGUGCGUUUGCACGACGCAGUUGUCCGCAUUCCUUCCUCGCCGAAUCUGUCAGUCGACGUCGCGGUCGCCGUCCGUGAGGUUCGUAUCGAUCUCCAAAUGUGCGAAAUGUUCCCUGGUAUGCCGCUGAUUAACGCGCGCUUCUCUCACGUAUGACGUGUACCACGAGAAAACGAAAAUGGUGUCUCGAAACAGGCCGAUUAAAAUAACGACCGUCGGUGAUGGCAUGGUCGGAAAAACGUGCAUGCUCAUCACGUACACAAAGAAAGAAUUCCCGACGGAAUACAUACCUACAGUUUUUGACAACUACGUUGACAGCGUAUCUGUGAAUGGGCAGCAGUUCCAAAUGACAUUAUGGGAUACAGCUGGUCAAGAAGAUUACGAACGGCUUAGACCGUUAUCUUAUCCAAAUACCGAUUGUUUUCUGCUGUGCUUCUCCGUGAGCGCUCGUAGCUCUUUUGAGAACGUCGCGAGUAAAUGGCAUCCGGAGAUCAAAGCACACUGUCCCAAUGUGCCGAUCGUGCUCGUGGGUACCAAAGUGGACCUUAGAAAUCAAGAAACCAUAGAUAUUAUCACCCCGAGAGACUGCAAUAAGAUGAGAAAGAGGAUCAAGGCGGUCAAGUACGUCGAGUGCUCCGCGAUAAAACAAGAGGGUCUUGACGACGUCUUUAUGGAGGCCGUUAAAGCCGUACUGAAGAAACCGCCGUCGCGGAAACCUUGCUACAUCCUUUGAAGUGGGGGGGCGGACACCGAGAUUGAUGUACAACCCGUUUGGGGAACGGGGCGGUUAUAGUCAUUUAAGAUUCAUGUUAAACCAAAGAUCUUUCUUGCAUCUUCUCGUGCCUUUUCUGUACAUUUCACUCUCGUUCUUGACUUCUUCUAUUUAUGGAUAUCCAUUCCUGAAAGGAGUGCGUAACCAUGUGUUUAGCAUUUCACUCUUGACGACAUUCCUGAGACGCGCUGUAUCUCCAUGUAUAAAUCGCAAUUACCUUCCGCCGUGUAAAUAUUCGCUGUAUCUCUCUCUUUCUUUUUUUAUAUAUCUAAUAUAAAUCUUUGUAUCGAAAAAUAAAAGAUACCUUACGCAACAAUUAAUACAGUUGUGUGGAUGCAACAUAGACAUAUACAGGGUGGCCCAUUUUAAUUUAUACAGUCGAUUUUUUAAAAAACUAAAA